CUAAGAAAAUAGAAUAACACUCAAACUCCCCAAAUUUACAGUCAUAAUUUCAUUCCUGCCGUCGCCCCAUGGCAGAUUCUUCCUCCUCCGCCGAUAAGCCAUCAGAGCCUCCGCCACCAGCCUCCGCCUACCACCUCCACCCGCGGCGCGAGCCCUUCGAGCAUGGCCUGCUCCCAAUCCCCAAACUCAUCUUCACUGACGGCGCCCAGGCCCUGUCGCAGCUCAAAUCAGCUCUCCUCUCCUCCGAUUCCGGCCAUCGGGUCAAUUUCGACACCCUAGCUCGAGUCCUACAAAUUCCGAUUGACCAAUCGCGCCUCCUAAUCGAGACAAUUUCAUCGGUUUUACACGACGAGUCUGAUCCAUUGCUGAAAGCCGGAAUUUCGAAGGAGAUCGAUGCAAUUGGCGUUAAUGUGUUUGAUUUGCUCAUAUUUUUGUAUAUACAGAGUUACAAGAGAUUGCUGCCGAAAGGACAUAGGGAUUCCGCAGCUGUUGCCGACGUCUGGCCUUCCACCUCCGCUUUCGAUGGGUUCCUAUCCGCCCUAUCGCCGUUACAGUUGGUGCGCAGCAACAGUCGUAGGUUUAUGCCAUCUCAAGCUGAUGAAGAGGUCCAUCAGCUGUCCUAUUUGCAUAAGCACAUUGGCAAUAUUCUUUCUCUCUUGGCAGAUUCCAGUGAAGGGGAAGGUGAUGACUCUCUGGUCUUGUCCAUGGAUAAAUUUGAGCAUCUUGGGUUUCUGAUGUACUUCGGGGAGAAGGGAAUUGCUAAAAUCCCUUUGAGCCAAAGUACUCCUUUUUUCGCAAAUUCAGAUCCCGACAUGCCUGCUGCUCCUGUUCCUGCAUCACAAGUUCUCGACUGGCUUCUCCAAAGUAUAUCCUCAACCCAGGAGCAUAUUGCUGAUAGAGUUUCCCCAAAGGAAAAUGGGCCCAGUAGUUCUGAUCAGGAUGUUCAAAUGGCUGAUGUGGGCACUACUUCGUUAAAACCGUCAAGCAGUACAAGAGGUCCAAGUUUUAUUGAGGGGGUCUCCAAAUCUUCAUGUGUUAAACAAGCAUCUGAUCUUAAGGGUACAUCUGUAAAGGUUGUCAAUUGUCACGAAUCAGUUAUUUACAUUUUGGCGCCUCUCAAAUAUGCAACAGUUUAUGGAUGCUCUGAUGCAACUAUUGUCAUUGGGGCCGUGGGCAAGGCCAUUAGGGUUGAACACUGUGAACGCGUUCAUCUGAUUACUGCAGCAAGACGUAUCUGCAUAUCAAACUGUCGCGAAUGUGUAUUCUUCUUGGGGGUUAAUCAGCAACCUCUUAUUCUUGGUGACAAUCAUAAAUUGCAGGUGGCUCCAUAUAAUACAUUCUACUCCCAACUGGGGGAGCACAUGAGUCAAGUUGGUGUAGACCCAAACAUCAACAGGUGGGAUGAAUCCAUUACACUUGGAGCAGUUGAUCCACAUGACUCAUUAUCACAUCCUGCUGGUGUGUCAGAUGCGCAAGCUGAAUCUGCUACACGUGUGGACCCUGAUCAAUUUGUCGACCUUGUGAUUCCAAAUUGGUUGGAAGGCGAUAAAUCUGGUUCCACAAAAGAUAACCCCUUCCCUUUACCUGAAACAUACCUUGCAUCUAAGCAGAAAAACGCCAAAAGCUUGGAUGAAGUAAAGAAAAUAUUGAAAGAAUCUCAACUUGAGGAGAGCAGGAAACGCGAACUGUCAAGUGCUCUCCAUUCAUGUUUCAAGGACUGGUUAUAUGCAUCAGGCAACAUCCGGCAGCUUUACUGCUUACACGGUGAAUAAUAACAAUGGCAAACCGACUGCGGCUGAUUCCCUCUAGUUCAAGCACUUAUUGCUUUUUUUUCCGAUGCCAGUGGCUGCCGGGACUUGGAUGCUGUCGAGUUUGCUACUUCUAAGGUUUGAACUGCAAUAGAAUACAACAUAUGGUCAUCUUUUGUACCGUAUUUUGUGACUGGAUUAUAUGUUGUAACGGUAGAAUACUACUCAAAUUUCUAGGUAUGUGAAUUAUCAAAAUGAGGGUUGAAUCUUAUUAAGAGAUA